AUGGAUGAUAAAUACAUGUCCAAACUGUCACCUGCUGUUGAUUUUUGGACAGGGAUGUAUCUGAUGAUAAUUGCUACCCUGUCUGUCUUUGGGAAUAUGGCAGUCCUGGUGAGCGCCUCUCGUCGCGCCGCCCUGCUCAAAGCUCCCGAGCUGCUGACGGUGAACUUGGCCGUGACGGACAUCGGCAUGGCCCUCAGCAUGUAUCCUCUGUCCAUUGCGUCAGCUUUCAACCACGCCUGGAUCGGAGGCGACACAUCUUGCCUCUACUACGGCCUGAUGGGCAUGAUUUUCAGCGUGACCAGCAUCAUGACUCUGGCUGUGAUGGGGAUGGUCAGGUACCUGGUAACAGGAAGUCCACCCAAGACAGGUAUUAAGUUUCAGAGGAGAACCAUCAGUAUUGUGAUCAGUGCGAUCUGGCUGUAUGCCAGCCUGUGGGCCAUUUUUCCUCUGCUGGGCUGGGGCAGCUACGGGCCAGAACCGUUCGGACUCGCCUGCUCGAUAGACUGGAACGGCUACGGGGACUCCCUGAACCGCUCCACGUUCAUCAUGACUCUGUCUGUACUCUGCACAUUCAUCCCCUGUCUGGUCAUCCUCUUCACCUAUUUCGGCAUUGCCUGGAAGCUGCACAGGGCCUACCAGUCCAUCCAGAGCAACGAUUUUCAAUACGGCAAUGUUGAGAAGAAAAUCACUCUUGUGGGUGUGAUGAUCAGCUCAGGUUUCCUUUUUGCUUGGACCCCCUACGUGGCCGUCAGCUUCUGGAGCAUGUUUCACUCCCAGGAGCACAUCACUCCGUUCGUCACUCUGUUGCCGUGCCUCUUCGCUAAGAGCUCCACCGCAUACAACCCUUUCAUCUACUUCAUCUUCAAACGCACCUCCUGGCAGGAGCUCCUCCACCUCCAGAGAAGGAUUUUUUGUUGUUCGCAUCGGGCAAAUUCCCCUGCUGAAGGGAGGAAGCUCAAAGGCGACAUGGUUUUUGAGAAUGGGAUGGAUGAAACCUGCGUGGGUCCUGGCAGACAGUCCUGGAGUCAGAUGAUGCCUUUGGGCUAA